CGGUCACAGUACGCACCUCAGAAAGAUAAAACUGUACCCACACCUCUGCGUUCUUCCAUCUCUCUGUUUUUUCUCUCGCGCUCGCUGCUUGUACACCCUUAUUUCGCCGGCAAGUCUCCGAUUCGUCGCGCGAAGGUUUCGUCUUUGUAAUACAGAUCGCGAAUCCGAACUUGCGCGCAUAAACUACGGCGGUGAAUGCGAGGGAGUGUUGUACGGACUAUAUUUGGGAUUGAAGGAAGAAGUUGAAGUGGAUGUUUAUGAGCUUCAUAGGGAAGAAAAAGCGAUGUCUAUAACGGAGGUUUCGAUCAUACAUCAUAUUGGCAUUGUGCUUGCCUUGCUUUGGUUGUUGUCGUCGUUUAAUUGUUGCCACCCAGUUGCCUACUUCAUGUCUUUGAUCUAUCUCUACAACGUUCAUGAGCGGUAUAGUAUGAGAUUGCGAAGGAAGUUACAGUUUGAGGAAAGAAGGUCAGCUAACCAAAGAAGGGUGCUUUCCGAUUCUGAAACUGUGCGGUGGUUGAACCAUGCAGUUGAAAAGAUGUGGCUUGUAUGCAUGGAACACAUUGUUUCGCAGAAAAUUCUUCUCUCCAUUAUACCAUGGUUCUUAGAAAAGUACAAACCAUGGACUGCUAGGAAAGCAGUGGUUCAGCACUUGUACAUGGGAAGAAACCCCCCAAUGUUCACAGAAAUGAGGGUUCUUCGUCAGUCCACAGACGAUGAUCACUUGGUUCUGGAGUUGGGAAUGAAUUUUCUCACAGGAGAUGAUAUGAGUGCAAUACUAGCUGUGAAACUAAGAAAAAGGUUGGGAGGAAUGUGGGCAAAAUUACAUAUAACGGGCAUGCAUGUUGAAGGGAAGGUCUUGAUUGGCAUAAAGUUCCUUCGCAAGUGGCCUUUCCUUGGCCGUUUACGGGUAUGCUUUGUUGAGCCGCCAUACUUUCAGAUGACUGUGAAACCUAUCUCAACUCAUGGUAUUGAUGUUACAGAACUUCCAGGGAUUGCUGGAUGGCUAGAUAAGCUUCUAAGUGUUGCAUUUGAGCAGACAUUAGUUGAGCCCAAUAUGUUGGUUGUUGAUGUGGAGAAAUUUGCUUCACCAGGGCAAGAAUGUUGGUUCUCUGUGGAUGGGAAAGAGCCUAUUGCGUAUGCCAAAGUCGAAGUAAUUGAAGCAUCUGACAUGAAACCAUCAGAUUUAAAUGGAUUAGCUGAUCCGUAUGUAAAAGGACAACUUGGCUCCUACAGAUUUAAGACUAAGACACAAAGGAAAACACUAACUCCAAAAUGGCAUGAAGAAUUUAAGAUCCCCAUCUGUUCGUGGGAGUCACCUAACAUGCUGACUAUUGAAGUUCGUGACAAAGAUCAUUUUAUUGAUGAUACUCUUGGAGACUGUUCUGUAAACAUCAGUAAUCAUAAGGAUGGCCAGAGGCAUGACUUGUGGUUGUCUCUCCAGAACAUUAAAAUGGGGAGGUUGCAUCUUGCCAUUACUGUACUAGAAGUCAAUGGAAAGGAACCAAAUACAUCAUGUGAUUGGGAAGCAUCAAACAAGGAAGAUAGUAUAAAGGAAGAUAGUAUAAAUUCCGUUGCAAGCCAGAAUGCUCAAAAUGGUUCUUCCUCUUAUGUAUCCUCAGAAACGACUGCAAAAUUGGCAGAUAAGUUUGAACCUGUUGACAUUGAAGGGCAACGAGAGACGGGGAUAUGGGUCCAUCACCCAGGAACUGAUUUCUCUCAAAAAUGGGAGCCUAGAAAAGGUAAAAUGAGGCUACUGGACACUGAAAUCCAUGGAGAGAGUAAUGAUUAUACGGCAGCAUCUAGAUCCUUUUGCAAUGAUGACAGCAGCAGUGAUGAAAAUCUUGGGACUACAAAACUAAAUUUAGUUCAAAGAGGCCUGCAGAAGAUCAGUGCAGUAUUUAAUAGGAGUCCUGGGAAAGAGGAUCAGUGUGACUGCAAUGCGGAGGUGGUUUUAUCUCCACAUGUGAACAUUAAGGCAACAAAUGCAAAGGGGAUUGGUGUGAAGUUUGUAGUGGAAGACAGCCUUUCUGAGCCUAUUUCUGUUAAGGCUCCAAUAGCAGACAGGAGUUCAAGCCCUGGUGAAAGUAGUCUGGAAAGUCCAAGCAGGGGAAAUGUGAAAGAUAUGGCAAGAAACAUGAUAAAACAGGCAGGAAAAUCUGCUCGGAGCAUUAAGCAUGUUAUUUCCCGUAAAGGAUCAAGCAAAUAUCGAGGUGACCAUUCAGGAUUGUUAGCAACACACAGAGAAAUAUCCAUCGAAUCUGACUCAUCUGAUGAGGAAUCUUUGCCUUCAUCAACUUAUACCCCUAGAAGUGAAAGGGAUCCACUUGUUUUAAAUCCUGUGCCCAGCCAUGCUAAUGAUUUUUUUAAUUCAGAGGAGCAUAUUGUUGAGAGUGGUUCAAACAACCCUGAAAUGAGCCCAGAGAAGAUGGAGCAUAAAUCAGCUAGCAGCCCUGAAAGAAUAGUUGAAGGAUUGGGUGAGAAGUCCUCAAAUUCCGAAGCUGUAAAGGAGAACUUGGAAAGUGAGAGAACAUAAAUUUUAGACGUUUUCUUUUCUUUUUCACUUUUGUAUAAAAUAAAAGUUUCAAAUUGUAGCUUUUACAUAGUUGAAAGUGGUUUAUGAAGGUUUGCCUAAUGCAAUGAGCAUGUUGAAUUUCUUUUGUACAUUUACUGUGCAGGUGUUGAAACUUACUUGAGUGUUGUACACUGGAUUGCCAUUAUGUGUGUAUGUAAACUUGUAGAAUAAAAUAAUAAUGAGAAUUUGUAAA